UCACACCAUCUGUGCACAUAUAAAAAGGCUUGUCAACCGGGAGCAAUAUUCCCAGUUGGACACGACGAUUUAACCAGGACGUGUGCUGAAAUCGACGUUCAAUUUUCUAUUCGUUUUACCUUUUUUCCACUUCGAGCUGGCCUCUAUUCUAUUUCGCUUCUUAUCAAGAGCUUCAUCUAUCGGUUAUCGACUCAACUGAGUACAGGGUCUCCUUUGUAAACACCAGUGCCCAUAUUGCGAAAGCGAGGCCAGCUGACAGACGGAAACUGACUCACCGGGAAGUGACUGCUGUAAAACAGGCAACAACUGAGCAGACAAAAAACAGACGGGACUAGCAGUCGACUCAAAAUGUUGGUUGGCACAAUAACAAGCUUCGUGUCAUACUGUUGCACCAGUCGGACCGAACGAUUCAACGCCGUUUUCCUCUUGGUCUUGGUCCUUGGAUUGCUUCACCCAUUUGCCAUGGACGCUCAGCAAACACCACCCAAUGUCAUCAGCGAAAUUCGAGAUGCUCUGGCUGGCCACAAAGAGCUGAGUCGAGUCGUCAGUUACCUGAAUCUGGGAGAAAAAGAAUUCUUGCAGAAUUUGUCUGGAACACAAUUCACCUUUUUUGCUCCGACAAACUGGGCAUUCGUACGAGUUAUGCCCAUGGACAUUGCCGAUCCUUUCUACGUCGACUCCAAGUUGCGUCAAGACGUUUUCCUUCAUCAUUUCGUCCAGCGUUCAUUGACAAAAGAUGAUCUGCUUAAUAAUUCCGAAAUCGUGAUGGCCGAUCAAAAACCCAGCACUUUGACGAACAGUGGUUCGAAAGCCGACGGUGCUAUUCAAAUCAACAAAGCCAACAUCAAUCUAGAGCCCGUUUUCCUCGGCUCUAACAUGGGCGUCAUCUACAUUGUUGACAGGGUUUUCGCCACAAAUCAGCAGAUUGAAGAAGCCAUAAGGCGGCAUCCAGCCGUCGAGACUCCAUGGGGUCCCAUCGACCCAUCAUCACACCAGGGCAAUGUCAACAAUCAAGACGUGGAAAGUCAAACGGUUGUGGUUGAUCUUGUCGAAGAAUUUCUAAGAGAGCAAGCUGCCGCUGCAGUGGCCGGACAGCAGCCUUAGUAUUAUAUAACGCUUUUACAUUGGUGCGGGUCCGUCUUUUCUAUUAAUAUUUUUAGCAUCACAUAGAUCCCCCCCCCCUUUUUUUUUUCUUAAAUUGUACAACGAAUACGCACCGUGAUGUCCUUUAUCGAUUCCUAUUGGUCUCCAUCUAAUCAUACAUUUGACGACGGAUGCAAAUAAUUUGGUUUAAAUUGGGCUGACAGAUUUUUAUAUUCAUUAUUAUAUUAUAAGGCUAAUACUUGCGCGAUUAGCUAUUUUUCAAUAUGUAAUCCACAAUACAAUCAGUGUGCCUAUAAGGAAA